UUGUUUUGCAGGGAGUUGGUUGAAUACGCAUCUCCAGAAACAUGGUGUGGAAGAUUGCCUUUCCUCUUCUCGCAGCGGUUUUCGCCGUCGGGUUAGGUGGUUUGACUGGGGGCUUCCAAGAUGUAGAUGUAAACGACGAAGGGGCUCGAAAUGCCCUGAAUUUCGCCGUCGUCCAACACAACAGGCGCACCAACGAUCUGUACCUCAGCCAAGUGGCCGAAGUGGUGAAGGUCCAGAGACAGGUGGUUGCUGGCAUGAAGUACGUCAUAACUGUGAAGAUGGCUAAGACCCCCUGCAGAAAGGGCAGUGCAGAGGAAGUGUGUGCGAUCCACCAAGACCCAGAACAGGCUCGGCCUUACCUGUGCACAUUCACAGUGUGGAGCCGCCCAUGGUUGAAUGAGAUCAAUCUGAUGAAUGAGAAAUGCUAGAAAGAGAGCUACGUGGGAAACCUUCAGCGUUUGCAUUGCCUACAGAUUAACCUUCACACAGAGUAAUAUGCAAUUACCUGUAGAUGAACAACAAUAUUACAGUAUUCAAAUUUUCUUUUUCUAUAUCUAUGUUACUUAAGCGUAUGCUGGACUGAAUAACCUUUGUAAGUCAGGGGGUUUAAGAUGUCAGAAUAACAGCAGCAUAGUAGUGAAUGCACUUUUAGAGGAGCAACUUUUUACUGCACACUAAAACAAGAAAAUAAUUAUAUACUGAAUUGUUGAUUAGCCUUUUAACUGCACAAUGUUUUUAAAUGAAAUUAGAAUUAAAGUGGAAUGUAAACUUAA